AUGGGUCGGAAUAGGCAGCCUGAAUUAUGGGCUGCGGCGCUGAUACCUUAUACCGCCGCUGCUAUGGCGCUGGCGUUAAGAUUGAUUUCGCGCCAUCGGAGCAGACAUGGUUUCGUGUGGGAAGACUACUUGGCUGUUGUUGCGUUUUUAACUGGCAGUGCUUUUACUUUCAUCAGCAUAUACAAAAUGAGAUGGGGUCUUGGAAAACCACUGGAAGACAUCGAUAUGCCCAAGGAUGAGAUCUUUCACCACUAUUUCCUCGAUCUCUGGGUGGACAUGUGGUUCUAUACGUUCUCGGUCGGGCUGUCAAAGUUUGUUAUACUGGGAUUCUACUGGAGAACCUUUUCGCUUUCCAUCACACGACAGCCUAUCAGGGUUCUCUUCGUAUGCUCUGCAGCCUGGAUCGUCGUCAGAGUGACGCUUAUAUCGACACAAUGCCAACCGAUCCAGAAAUUCUGGAACAGAGACGGAUACCCGCACUUUAUCCUUGAGAUCGCCAUCCUCCUCUGUCCGCUCAUUGAGAUUUGUCGGCUGCACAUUUCAACAGCACGUCAGUUUGCUGUAGCAGCUAUGUUUGCGUCUGGAUUGCUCGUUUGCGGCUCGGCACUCGGCACCAUUGUGCAUACUGCUGCACUGGACAGGAAAAACAACCAGGAUCUCACGUAUGACGGGCUCGACGACCAGAUAUGGGCAGUGUGCGAUGUUAACCUCGCAUCUUUUGCCACUUCCUUGCCCCUACUCCGCCCCAUCCUUCGUUCCUGCGGCGGUGUCCUCAGCGGUAUAAGAUCAGGCAGCGCGCCAUCUGCUCCCAGCACCUACUUCAAUACAAAUACAGUGCCUACUGUUGGGAGUGCCCCCAAGAAACGGCGGAAUCGUCCCUUGACAUUUACAAGCCUCGAUGCUGAAUCCGUGGCUGAGCUCGCGGGGGGAAAUGGAUAUGCUGGGCUUGAGGAGGUUGUGAGGGAUGCUGUAUAUGUACAAAGGGAGACGAGAGUUGAUGUUAGCAAUGUCUAG